GACGUAAUCGCCAUCUUCAUGGCGGACUCCGGUGAGGACAUGACCAUCCUACAUGUGCAUCCGCACUAUUUUGUGGAAAUUAUCAUCAAAACGGAACCAUUAUGACAAAGCGAGAUGGCUGUCCUCUUGACAAAAUGACUAAAAUGGAUCAGAUCGAGAAUUGUGAGACAAAAUUGCUGCAAAGGACAGAAAACUGUAAUGAAAAUGCCAACAAUUCGGACGUGCGUGUACACAGUCCGGGCAAGAGCACUGGGACGAGACAAUCGAGCAGCGGGAGCUUUAGUGAGUUCUCAGCCAGCAGUUUCCGCGAUUCUCCCCGAUCUGCACCGAGCUCCUUGCCUGGUUCACGAUGCGGUUCCACUCCUGGGUCGAGACUGGCGUCAAGGUCAAACAGCCAGGAAUCUAUCAUCGACUUAUUUGAUUCAAUGACCCUGCAGUUUGGUCAAAUAAUAAGUGAAGGAACUGGACAAGGUAUUCAUCUGUUCUCCCCGAAGCCACGCCCCUUGCGUCAUCCGAAAUGGAGUUGGCAGGAGAGAGUGAGGAUCAACCAUGCUAUUUGGAGAAGCUGGCAUAUGCAAUAUGUGAAAGGAAAAAAGCCAGUUAUCUGUCAGUUCUCCGCUCCCGCUCCAGAUUCAAGACCGAGAUUGCAGGCUGAUGUUAUCCAGGGGAGACCCAUCAAUAAGCAAUGGAAUCCAUCUCAGCUCGGCUCGGCUGUCAGGGACUAUCACAAAUGGAGAGUCUUCGGCAGGGAUUUGUUCAUGGGGGAAAGUGCCCAAAGGACAGUGGAAGACCAUGCCAUCAACCUGGACAUGCCCCACCCUCCCCUCUCCCCGAUGUCGGCUCAGAAGCUGAUGAACGAUGACACCCUCAAAGACUUCUCAGACACCCUCUUUAUCAGCACAGAGAGGAAGAACUUCACCGUCCCUGCACCCAGGAAGAUCACUCGCCAUGUAUACAACAGUGAUAUCAUACAGCCCGGACUUAUGCAGCUGGAGCCUGACUUUGAUGAAGAUUUCAUGGAAACCCUGGAUUCUCUUCAAGAUAUCUUGGCAAAGACUCCUACCAAACAGGACACGGAUAGCCUGGGGAUGAACUACAGUCUACCACCAAACUUCCUCUCCGACACCUCUCUAGGUUCACUGAGCGAAGCCAUGGAGAUUACAGACCCGACCAAGUCUUUGCUGAAUGCCUAUCCCAUCGCCAUCAUUGGAAGCAAUGGCAGCAGCAACAACAGCAAGCAAGUGCUCAACCAACGCAGCGUGACCUUUGCAACGGCCCCACCCACCAUCGUCUCCUGCCAGUAUGACCCUAUGGUCAGCAGCAUACCUCUAUCAGACUUCACCCAGUCACCCCUAAACCAGACCUACAGCCAAGCUGCAGGACAAGUGUCUUCAGGUCAAGUGUCUGGGCAGGCUCCCAGACAGGUCCAGGGACAGAGCCCUAGUCAGUCUUCUGCCAGUAGGAGAAACAUGCAACUGCCUGACCUUUCCCAGGUCCACAUUCCAAUGCAAGGCGUGACCUGCAGUGUCAGCAGUAGAGGGCAGCAUUCCAGCCAGCAGUCCUUGCCAAUGGCAUCGUUGUCCUAUCAACAACCCAACACGUCUUCUCAUCUAACCACCUCUCUGGCAAGUAACCAGGUCUAUCCCUCUUCUCACACUAAACUUGGAGCACAAAGCCCUACUCCAACAUCUCCCCCAGCUUGCAUCCAGAAUGUACCAAUGAACCAAGGUCCCAAUGCAACAACAAUGGGUGUCAUAAACGAAGCUAUCGACCUCCUGUCCAGUCAGAUGACCUCUUCCUCAUCCAAGAUCCUCCCAGACUGGACCACACAGUACACCCAUCCCAUGAGGACGACGUCCUGGGCACCAACUAGCCAAAGCAAUGUGGACAUUACUGAACAGCUGAAGACGUCCCUGUCUGAUGCAACGUUUCUAACCUACCAGCAGAUACAGACAGAUCUCAGCUGCACCAUGGACCCGAUGGCCCAAAUGGACCAGAGUACCGUCUUGGGUCAUAGUUUGUAUGGCGGCAACAUGUCGUCGGGGCAACCACAUCAACAUCAUCAGCAACAUCAGGUGCCAUCACCGGGGCAGCAGCAUCAGGUCCCGUCGCCCAAACAGUAUUCCGUAGCGUCCCCGCAACAGCAUUCCGUUGCAUCCCCACAGUAUUCAGUGCCAUCCCCGCAGCAACAUUCGAUGCCAUCCCCGCAGCAACAUUCGAUAGCGUCUCCGCAGUCGCAUCAAGUGGCAUCUCCGCAGCCCCAGGAAGAGCUGAUGGACUUCGAGCAGUAUUCUGCCCUGAAUGUUGUGGGAGUGUCCGGACUGAAUGCCUAUCGCCAGCCUAAAAGAGAAGUCACCCACAGCAGCCAGACCAACAGUCGGAGUAACAGCAAAGCCAACAGUCGAGCCAACAGUCGUCCCAGCAGCCGCCCCAGCAGCCGGGGCAACAGCAGGGCUAGCAGUAGGGCUAAUAGCCCCAGGGCUAGUUAUGCUGGUUUGUCGGGCCACUUCCAGGACUCUCUCCAGGCUGCACUGCAAGGGAAGUCUGAAGUGAAAGAGCCUGGCUUGUUGCGUAGUCCCUCCACCGACCGUGAUCUCACCAUAUCAGUCCCGUCAUCCUGCCAGGCCUCCGCUGCAUCUAGUGCGGCUUCAUCGCCCGGCAGCCAGAUAGAGUAUCCCGAAACUCCCACGAGUAUGCGAGAGUUCGAGUUCCAUGCACCCAGAGCCAAGAAGCAGAAGACACCUGAGUCAGGAUCAAAGGACAAGGAGGCUCGUAGGAGGAUAAAGCACAUUCACUCUGAGCAUAAAAGACGGUAUCACAUCCAGACAGGGUUGGAUGAGAUACAGAGUUUAAUACCGGGUAUGAAUAACGGCGGCAGUGAUAACUCCUCAAAGAUAAGCACAGCAACUAUGCUACAGAAAGCUCAUGAAUACAUCCAACAUCUAAAGGAAGAGACCAAUAACCUCCGAAAAGAAAUGGACAGAACGAGAGAGGAGAUCCAGAGAGUCAACGAUGAAAUAUGUGAAUGUCAGGACAGUCUACCUGAUACCGGAGCACCAGUCAACUCACAGAGCGAGAGACAGCUCCAGCAGAUGUGCAAUGAAUAUAUUAAUCAACAAAUGCAAGAUAACUGGAAGUGGUGGAUUUUCAGUAUGAUAGCUAAACCACUGUUCGUCUCAUACGUCGCUGCAGUGUGCACCAAUCCAGGGGCAAACUUUGAUGAAGAAGUUGUAGACUGGGUCGAGGAAAGUUGUAGACUCAAGCCACUUAGAAAAUUGGUAUACACUAUCGUCAGGCAAGUCAGCACCCGGACCUCGGUCCUUCAAAAUCCCGUCCAGCUGCCGCAGGAAGUGCGCGAGAUCAUCAAGAAGGAGAUCGAGAAUCCCUCUUCGGAACACUCAUGAUAUUAACUACCCUCGUAGCUUUAGUGCUAGAUAGACUAAAUAAAAGCUAUUAAACCAAUUGCAUGUCGGGAGAGAGUGAUCCCUGUACAAAGCCUAUGGGAAUCCAAGGAUGUUAGUUGUCGACGGGUUAUAAUUCCAUGCCAGGCUCUUCCUCUCUGCAUUGCAUGUACACCACGAGGAGGGAGAGCUAUACAUUUUUGUGCCACAAGAGGGCGCCAAACUUCUUUAAAAAAUGCUGCAGCCAGAAAAGAAUAGAGACAAUGCUUGAGUGAUUUUUUUUUGCAUAGUAUGGCAGGUGAACCUUUUCAUUCUAUAUGCAUGAGAUGAACCCAAGGAGACUGCUGAUCCUUUUUAUCGAGGUUGAUGUACUUCCAUAGUGACACUGCAUUGGAAAUUACACCCCAAGAAAUGAUCAUCAUUAAGAGAGAGAGCACAAAUAUAUUUUCUAAUCUAUGCCUCUUGCAUGUACACAGCAGGGGGGUAAUCUACCUUGAGUCUCUUCAUCUCUUGUUUUAUCAUUGUUUAAUAGGGAAGUAAAUCAGUUAUUACCUAAGUAAAAUUUUGAGAAGAAAUAACAUAUGGAAUGCUUAUGAUCUUAUUGUGAAGUAUUUCCAUUGGAUGUGUUAUUUGUUUCAUUCCGUUGUGGAUGGAAUUGAUCAUCAGUCACGCAAUUGGAAAAAUUUAUGACAUUCUAUUCUUUAAAAGAAUUCACUUCAAUUCCACUGCAUAGGAGCCCAAAGGCUGAACUGUGCAAUUUUUAGAGUUUUACAUAGUGCCUAAAUAUUGCAUACAUAUUAUAAAAGGUACCAAACCAUCAUGCAUUUAAUAUAGGUAAAUAGGUAAUGAAUAGACAAUAUCAUGUCCACGAUCACCUGUCACAAGAUUGUAAAUGAUUGAAGUUCCAAUGAAUGUACAUUUCUAGCCUCUUGUCGAGGCCCUGGCGGCUGCUUCCCGAGCGAAGUGAGGGAUUUCCUAAUUCGCGAAGCAAAUUAGGCCUGGCACGAGCCAGGGCCUCUUGACAUCUGAGCUGAAUUAUAUAUUCAUGAGGUACGUCUUCCUAAUGAAUAUACAUGAGUCAUGAUAUUACCGGUCACCUAUAGUAAACCAAUAAAAUGUCAAAGCUGUUUCGUCCGGGGUUCGGAAUACUAUAGUAGUCCACUAUUCUGCAGGGGAUUCAUUUAAUUGCGGGACACUAAAUGGGAUAUAAACAGCAAAAUGCUACAAGUAGUGGUACUACUAUUGCUUCUACUAGUACAGACCCAUCACCGCCCUGAAACUUGCCGGGAGAUACUGGUCAGCUGCUGGUUAGACUCGAGUCAAGGGGAAGCGAUCCACUCCAGCAUUCCCUCACUGCACAGCGGAGAUCAACGCAUAGUGGAAUCGCAUGAAAUAUUACAUUUUUUCCAUAUCCUGUGGGUAGAUUUAUAAAAACAUCUCUUCCUUUCAGUGCAGAUUCAAUUUCAUCGACUUGCAAAUCUUUAAAUCGGUCAAUAAUCAGCAUUUUAGAGGCAUAUUCAAUGCUCUUUGAUAUUUCGUUGUCACUCUUCGCCAAGAAUCCACGGGUCGCCAUUCAAGAUGAGCUCAUGAAUAUUCAAUAUGACGUCAUAGCGGCCCGCGCUCUCAUUGGAUGAUUUUCACUGACCUGUUCUUGGUCGGAAUAUUGGU